AUGACGGCGGGUAAAGUGGGGAGUGAUCCGCAGAAAGCGGCCGACAUCCGGACAAUGACUGGUGAAUAUCAGGCGAACAGCGACACUCAGAGCCUGGAAGAAAGAAAUGAGAGACAGGUGCAGGACCAUCCCGAUGAAAUCACCCACGACGCACAGAUUGGAGUUCAAAAGGCUGAAGCCACGGCUUUGGUUUGGUCCAGGACUGCCUUGUACGCGGUAUAUGCCUGGAUUUGGUUGUGUUUCUUCAUUCUAUCAAUGCAGUUGUCAAUCAGCAGCAACGUGAUGUACUACGCCUACGCAAAUUUCGCCUCAGCCCCUCAAAUCUCCCAGGCUUUCAUUGUCUCGACCAUCGUUGGUGGAGUUCUCCAACUCCCCAUUGCAAAAACUCUGAACUUAUGGGGCCGGGCCGAGGGCUUCCUAACAUUUUUGGUGGUCUUCGUCCUUGGUCUCAUCGUGAUCGCUUCUUGCAAUGGCCCGAAUGGCUUUGCAGCCGGCUACACCCUAUACUGGAUUGGUUAUACCGCCAUGAAUUUCAUCUUGAGUGUCUUUGUCGCCGACGCAUCUGGACUGCGGAACCGAGCCUUUGUUUACGCUUUUAUCGGGACGCCUUCUAUCUGUACGGCCUUUACUGGGCCACUUGCAGCCCAAGCAUUCAUAACCCAUUCUACCUGGCGAUGGGCCUAUGGCUGCUUCGCUAUCAUCACCGUUAUCGUCUUCGUGCCUCUUGCUCUUGUCUUUAAGUUUUACCAACGUAAAGCGGAGAAGUUGAAUCUUUUCAUUCGGGUACCAAGUGGUCGAACCACUGCACAGUCUUUCAUUCAUUACUUUCACGAAUUCGAUAUCAUUGGCGCUUUCAUUCUCAUGGCGGCUUUUAUUCUGUUCCUUCUGCCAUUUAGUCUUAACACUUAUGGCUUUACUGGAUACUCCUCGGCGACCUUUAUCGUUAUGGUCGUCAUUGGAAUCUUACUGUUCCCGGUCUUCGCCAUUUGGGAGCGUUUCUUUGCGAAGACUGCUUUUAUCAAAUGGGAGCUAUUCAAAAAGCGCACGGUGGUAGGAGCCUGUGUUCUGUCGGCUGUGAUCUUUUUCAACUAUUACACCUGGGAUCAAUACUUUUACUAUUACAUACAGGUUGUCUAUAACCUGGAUACAUCGAAAACCGGAUACAUGACACAGAUAUAUGGUGUCGGAUCCACCAUUUGGGCCGUUCUAUUUGGAGUUUUGAUCCGCCAGACGAAACAUUUCAAGAACGUGUGUCUUUACUUCGGUGCCCCCCUAUUCAUACUCGGUGCUGGACUCAUGAUCCACUUCCGAGGAUCCCAAAGCAACAUCGGGUACCUGAUUAUGUGUCAAAUCUUCAUUGCCUUUGGAGGUGGCACACUAGUCAUUGGUGAUGAGAUGGCUGUGAUGGCCGCUGCCGACCGGGACGGUGUCCCAUUAAUGAUCGCCAUUAUCAGUCUGGCCUCCAGCUUCGGGGGUGCAGUCGGCUACGCCGUUGCAGUUGCUAUUUAUUCCAACACUUUCCCCCAGGCCUUGCUGAGCGCUCUUCCCGACUCUGCCAAAGCUGAUUAUGAAACAAUCUACGCUGGGGGCUCAGCAACUCAGCUUCUGUAUCCCCCUGGCAGCGAAACAAGAGAUGCGAUCAACUAUGCGUGGGCAUACAGUCAGAAGUACCUGUGUAUCGCGGCAGCUGCUAUUGCCGUUCUUUCUUUCCCAGCCAUCGCCGUAUGGAAAAACUACAAUGUCGACAAGAAGCAAGUGAAGGGCACCGUUAUCUAA